GCGGGAGCUGCACUGGCCAGGGGUUCCGGCUGCAUUUCCAUGAGCGCCGCCGGCAGCCGCGGAGCUGCGGGAACCGGGCUGGGGCCAAGCCGGACCGCGGCAGUCAACCACGCGCAGCUUUUAGGGUAAUUUGAAGAAGAGAUCUGACCUGAGCAGCCCCGCCAGACAGCUCUGCAAGGACAGUUAACCUUCUCCGUAGAGAGGAACAAGGGACAUAGAUCAAGAUGAAUGCUAUGCUAGAGACCCCCGAGCUCCCAGCCGUGUUUGAUGGGGUGAAGCUGGCUGCGGUGGCUGCCGUGUUGUACGUGAUCGUCCGGUGUUUGAAUCUGAAGAGUCCCACCGCCCCGCCUGACCUCUACUUCCAGGACUCGGGGCUCUCGCGCUUUCUGCUCAAAUCCUGUCCUCUUCUGACCAAAGAAUACAUCCCACCAUUGAUCUGGGGGAAGAGUGGACACAUCCAAACAGCCUUGUAUGGGAAGAUGGGAAGGGUGAGGUCGCCACACCCCUAUGGGCACCGCAAGUUCAUCACCAUGUCCGAUGGAGCCACUUCGACCUUCGACCUCUUUGAGCCCUUGGCCGAGCACUGCGUUGGAGAUGACAUUACCAUGGUCAUCUGUCCUGGAAUUGCCAAUCACAGCGAGAAGCAGUACAUCCGCACCUUCGUCGACUACGCCCAGAAAAAUGGUUACCGGUGCGCUGUGCUCAACCACCUGGGCGCCUUGCCCAACAUUGAGCUGACCUCACCACGCAUGUUCACCUACGGCUGCACCUGGGAAUUUGGAGCCAUGGUGAACUACAUCAAGAAGACCUACCCCCAGACCCAGCUGGUCGUUGUGGGCUUUAGCCUGGGCGGGAACAUCGUGUGCAAGUACCUGGGGGAGACUCAGGCGAACCAAGAGAAGGUCCUAUGCUGCGUCAGCGUGUGCCAGGGCUACAGCGCGCUGAGGGCCCAGGAGACCUUCAUGCAGUGGGACCAGUGCCGGCGCUUCUACAACUUCCUCAUGGCCGACAACAUGAAGAAGAUCAUCCUCUCACACAGGCAAGCUCUUUUCGGAGACCAUGUUAGGAAACCCCAGAGCCUGGAGGACACGGACCUGAGCCGCCUCUACACAGCCACAUCCCUGAUGCAGAUCGACGACAACGUGAUGAGGAAGUUCCAUGGCUAUAACUCCCUGAAGGAGUAUUACGAGGAGGAGAGCUGCAUGCGGUACCUGCACAGGAUUUAUGUGCCUCUCAUGCUGGUUAACGCAGCUGAUGACCCCUUGGUGCAUGAAAGCCUCCUAACCAUUCCAAAGUCUCUCUCGGAGAAACGGGAGAACGUCAUGUUUGUGCUGCCUCUGCAUGGGGGCCACCUCGGCUUCUUUGAGGGUUCUGUGCUGUUCCCCGAGCCCCUGACGUGGAUGGAUAAGCUGGUGGUGGAGUACGCCAACGCCAUCUGCCAGUGGGAGCGAAACAAGUCACAGUGCUCUGACACGGAGCAGGUGGAGGCCGACCUGGAGUGAGGCCUCCCGGACUCUGGCGCACUCCUGGCACCCGUGUCUGUCACUGUCUGUGUCAGGUCCCCCCCCUUCAUCUCCCUCAGUGAUCUGGAUCUCACCUCACACCAUCGGCGGGGACCAGCCACCAGGCGCACCCGCGCCGGAGCAGGCAGCCAGUCCCUGGGAGCGCCAGGCUAUUUUUGUGCUUAGUUACCGGUUUUCUCCACGGCGACUAGGGGCAGGAUUCUCACCCUCCCGUCCGGUCUCGGCAUUUGAUUGCUUUUAAGCCAAUUCCAUCUAGUUUCCUUAUUAAAAAUGUGUCUGAACAGCAGUUUUGCAUUGCCAAUCAAAAGGCUUGUCCCCGAGAGCCGUGAAGUGUGUAUAUGCUCCUUCGCGGUGGUCGUAUGUGUCCUUAUGUAGACCCUGAAAAGCGCUCGCCAACCCAAGCCAAUGCCGACUGUGCAGGUCGGCCUGGGAGCCCAGGCGCCUGAGCCUCCCGCAUUUCAGUCUAGCCUCCCACAUGGCCCAGAAAGUUCCCUCGAGUCUCCCUUACGAUCUUCUAGGACAGUCUUCCCACGCUUUUGCCGGUGAUGAGAGUUACCUGGGGCACUUGGUAAAAAUUCAGCCUCCCAGGUCCCUCCCCUGGGACAGGCCGCUCAGGUGGGUCUGGGAAGGGGUCUGGAGAUUUUAAUUUUUGACAAGUGCCCCCGGUGAUCCUCACCACCAGGCAAAUUUGGAGAACACUGUUCUGCAGGGCCUUUAAUUUAGAAACGCCUCGGUAGCUCAUUUUACGGAAAUUUAUAGGUAGAUGUGUCUCUUAGCUCCCAGGGGCCUGUCCCAUGCCAGCUGCCUUGUGUAAUCACAGUGUGACGUCUCAGAAGGGGGCCUGGCGGGGAGUAUAGUUCAGGCUCCGCCGCACUCUGCUUUUCACUGGCUGUAUGACCCUGGAAAAGUCCCUUGAACUUGAGUUUCUUCACCUGUAAAGCAGGGGACUUGGACCAGGUGGAUUGCCGAGGUCAUUGCCGGUUCUAAAGAUGCAUGACAAACUCAGCUCGCCGAGGUCUGGGAGGCCUCCCACGGACGUCGUCAGUCACCUUUUUUUUUUUUGUUCUGUCCCUCAUUUUCCUAUAAAGAGGUGUUUUGGGUUUUUUGCAACAUUCGAUUAUAAUUUUACUUUUUUACCCCAAGUCUUUCUACUCCUGGCUUUUGAUACCAAACAAUUCAAAAGCUGGGUCUGAGUUUGGAGAAAGAUCUUUCCAACCAAAAGGGCUGUUAUUUUGAAACCAGAUAUUUAAUUUAAUAGCCUAUAUUUAUAGUCUGUUGGAGAGAUCUUUCCAGAGUGUGUCUCUUCAAAUGAAAAUGUUAUUCGUUUCAAGUACUCCUUUCCUCCAGUCCUGUGGUACUUGAAUAUCUAAAAACCCUGCACUUUGAAAAAUCGGCAGUUGCUAUCUGGAACUAAAUGGAACCGAGAGUGAAAUUGUCUGGAUACUGUUUUGUUUUGUUUUGUUUUGUUUUGUUUUGCUUUGAAUGUCCCUGCUUCAUCUCCUUUGCUCCAGGAGAGAUAGGAUUAUAAACAGUGGGUCUGUGUGAAUGUUUCUGGGGUAAAGGGAGCCUAGAUACGCCCCUCAGGGUCGCAGGUGGAUGUCUUCUGGGCAUCGGUCCAAGUGGCCUUGACAGUCACGUCUGUAACCUGAAGUUGUUUUCUGACAAUCACUAGAUCAUCCUCAUUAAUAACAUCAAAAGCAGCCACUGUCUCAAGAGAUGGAGAUUUCUGUGGUCUCCACACUGCGCUGUGAUUUCUCACACACCCCAGAUUCAUCGUUGUGACUUCCCCCCCAGCUGUUACUCUUCUAGUGCACUUCUCAUUCAUGUUCUUUUAGCACCAACUGGCACUUUAUCGUCUACUCCCUCAAUUUGGAAGCCGGCCCCUCCCCUCUGUCACUUCCCCUCCCACCUGAUAACGCAGCUGUAACUUACAAGAUUCAUGGUCCUGUUUCCCACUACUCCCUUCGUUUCUCAAGCAAGACCUUUUGUGGAAUUAGGUAAACGAAGCAAUAACUAAGUGGGGCUGAGUCACCAUCCCAGGAAGCAAGAGGUGCCUUAGCCUUAGGUCGCGUCUCUUGACCUGUUCUGACAAAGCAGCGGCCAUGUACCGGCUCCAUUCGGGAAGAGAGGAGACACCGGUCUGCGAGGGGGCUCAGAAGUCGCUGGGGCCUAAUGAAGUUGAGGCAGGGGCUGGGCCCUGGCCUUGGUCGCGCGCGACCGGAAUUUACCCCCCGAGGACCGUGGGGGCCGUGCCCCAGCUGAAAUCUCUCUAUGUGUGUGACUCUGAAUGGCACUCACAUUCCAUUUUGGCUCACAUGAGAUCAACUGAAGCCCUUUGUUCAGGCUUCGGGCUCUCGGGCCUGGAAAUGAGAAUGUGACCGCAGCGGUCUUACAGGAAAAUUCUUGUUCGUCCCUGAAUGAGAGCACAGAGGCAUUGAAUUUACAGAGAUGCAAACCUGCCUAAUAAACAAGGGAGCAGCAUUUUAUAUGUAGGUCAGCUUUUUCCUUCCUCCAGCUUUCUGUGCUUGUCUCCCUGAAGCCAUUCAUUGCUGAUGACAAUGGGGGUGCUCCCCUGGCUGUGACAGUCCCGUUGGCUUAAAACAAGGCCGAACGUUCAAACAGCAUUUGAAUAUUAUAUCUUAAAAUCAGAAUAAAGAUAUAACUUGCAUAGACCUAGCCAGCUCUAUUGCAGGGAUGACACGGGGAACGCCACGGAGGGGACGCACCCACAUUUCUGAGGUCGUCUUGGCCUCUUAACGGGUUAGAGGACAACUUGGGAGCAGCUGUUCCCGGGCAAAUUAAGAUUAUCUGAAAAGAUUGUCUGGAAAAUGCUGUCAUGUCUCCUUGGUACAUCGUGUGACCAGGGGCUUUAACAGACUUCAGGAAAAGCCCUUCUUCGUCCCUGCUGCCGAUUUGCACCAGUGACCCCAGAGCGGAAAGGAAGCAGGAAGUGGUUUGUUGUCACCGUAUCUUCAUCUCUCUUUAGCACCUUACACUUGCAGGGGACCCUGUGACAUAUCGUAAGAGGCAAAAUUUCUUGACCUCAUGGUAGGGGACCAGGGUCCAAGAGACCCGGGUUCUUGUCCUGAUGGUCUCUGAUUCAGGCCGGAUUGUGGGCAACCGCUUCGCCUCUCUGAGCCCCAGCUGCCUCACCUUGACCGCCUCUAGGACCCUUGACCUGUGUGCGCACCAUCUGCCAGAGGAACCCCCCCCUGCAAUGGCUGUGUCCAGGCUCAUCGUGGGGGGACUCGGACGGAGGGAGCCUUCUGCACUAAGCCUUUGCCGCUGCAGACCUUGAUGUUGCCCACAGCCCCGUGUCUCUGACCAGCGUCGCUUCAGACUCUCCGCUGGCAUCUCCGUAUUCUUGCUGUCCCGAGGGUGGUCUUGUGAUGGGGCGGGUGCUGACCUUUGGAAUGAGGCACAUGUCCCCAGCUUUCUAUGUGACUCGGGCAGAGCACUGAGAUUCGUAGUCCCGUUUCCCAGGGCAGGAACCCUUCCCGCUCAGGCUUGCGUUCUGAAACUGCAGGCUUCCUUAAAGCUGCGCUUUCUGGGGAGCUGCGCCUGUAUGCCUGGCAUCCGAAUGAGAGCUCUCUUUGUAACCAUGGGACUCAAGGUCCCUUUCGCCAGCUCCAGGGGAACAAUGCAUGUGUUCUCGUUGCUCUUUGCCAGGCAAGCAGAUGCCUGAGAUGUGAGAGGCCUUUCUUUCCCUGUGGCAUCGAUUCGUAGAGCUCAAGGCCCCCCACAACGUCACGCGGAGUCCGGAGAACUCUGGGCUCCGUCCUUAAGGCAGGACAGGAGAGUUCUUAAAAAGCGUUUGGCCACAGCCCCGCUCACACCACCGCCUGGGCUUGCUCUCUGUGCCCAGAAGGCCUUACUUUGCCUGGUAGAGUGUCCCCUGCUAGUCUAAUAACAGGGCGCGCUGGGAUUUAAAAUCUCCUGCCGUGGAAGUUUGAAGCGAAGCCACAGCAAAACUGGAGGAUCCCUUCGUGCGGCCUGUGCGCCCCUUGUUACGCUAGCCCCCCGCCCCCACUCCCCUCGACAGCACGCAUGGUUCACGACUGGCCACAAGUCUCAUCCCCUGAUGCCCCUCUUCCUUCCCGGCCUCGCUCUGUUGUUCAAACCCACUCGGGACUACUUGGAUGCUUAGCGAAGCCAUGAAAAGUGGCCUGUCUGUGGCGUUUGGAGGCCAAGCCGUUGAGGGAAAGGGUUUUCUCUCCCUCCGUUAUCUAAGCAGAAGGGAGGACCCCCUUCUUCAUAAACUAGGAUUGCUUUUGCCAAAUUGCACUCGAGGCUGAGGGGAUGGGCACCGGCCCCUGCUGGCAGUGGGGGCUGGACCACUCGCCGAAACUAAAGCUGCUCCCUCCACCUGCCUCGCUGCCGCCGCCACGCCCGGAUGCCACGGCCCAGGCGUCCUCCUCCAGGGGCCUUCGAAGCAGUCCCAGUCCCCGGACUCGGCCAUUCCCAGUCCCCGGACAGUAGACAGCUGCCCCUUCUGGAAGAGUCAGCCCCCCCCCCCCGCAGCCCACCCCAAACUGUUUUUCCUGGCACGUAUGUGGGGAAAGGGGCCGUGUAUCUCUGUGAACGAGCUGGAGUCCAUUUCUAACCGGUGGGCUGUCUUUGACCUUGACUCCGGUCAGUAACAAAAGCUAUAACCUACCUUCUCUCCCUUCUGGUCCCCGUUAGCCAAGAAAUCUACUAUUGCCAUAAGUUGGGGACUGUCUGCUUAGAGCAGAAAUAACCUUCAUCUCAAUGAGCAUUCUCCUUUGAGACCACCCACGUUGAGCAGCCCAGUCACUGAGGGGAGUACUUGCCCGCCCCCCGCCUCAGUCCCCGCGCCAGCCUCUUCUCUCCCAGACUGUUCCCAGGGACUUGGUCCCUCCUGGGCGUAGGACUUAGGUUUUGUCUGGCUUUUGUUUUGUUGUGGCCUCUUCAGUUUUCCUAAAGCACAAGUCCAUGUAGAAUCCUGUCGCCUCUCCACACCAGUUCCAGACAAUCCGGGUCUCUCCCCACUGCCUCAGGAAGACCUCCACUGUACCUGAGCUUUUGACUUCUGCCAAUGCAGCUGCCUUAGCAACACCAGGGGUGGGGGGCGGGGCGGGAUGGGGAGCCGGGGCCAUCUCUCCUUUUCCCGGUGGGACUCGGUCAGCCGCGUUCUUCUGUUGGCAGAUCCGCUUCCAGAUUGAUUUUUGAGAACCAUCACUUCCACAUUCCUGAUUUGUGUCUGUUUCAUUUGUAUUUCGUUUCAUUUGAUUUUCUGAAACAUAAAAUGCUGCCCUGAAAAUCAUGCGUUUUUGAGUUUGUGUUCUGACAGCCUCCGUGCUGCUGGAUUUUGGGGGGGAAAUACAGGAUCUUCCAGCACAGAGGUGUUUAAGAUUUGCAACUAGCAAUGCAAUUUUUUCUAAAUAUGAGGAUAUUUACCUUUAUUAAGAAAUUAUACUAAACAAUGGUGUCCUUGAUCAUUUUAUGUUCUCAUAUUCUUCUGGGCUCUAUUUUGAUUCUGUGUGGUGGUAAACGAAGAUCAUUACAAACGAAAACUGUAAUUUUGUUAUCUUUGAUUCAAUGGAAUUUCUUUACUUAAAUAAAAGGCUAAAAAUGUA